AUGCCCAAACCACAGGACUCGCCCAACAUGGUCGCACCGGAGAGCCAGGACUACAAGUUCGAAGGAUGGAUGGGCACUAACCCAGACUCCGCCAAAGGUCAGAUGGUUUGGCAGGAGUUCCCAGAUGUUAAGAAGUUCGAGGAGACCGACGUGGAUAUUCAAAUCACUCACUGCGGCAUUUGCGGCAGUGACAUGCACACACUCCGGUCAGGAUGGGGACCAACACCAUACCCAUGUUGCGUCGGCCAUGAGAUCGUUGGAAAGGCUGUCCGGGUUGGCAGCAAGGCGGAGAAGGGUAUCAAGGUCGGUGACCGAGUUGGAGUGGGUGCGCAGAAUGCUUCGUGUCUGAAGCCGGACUGCUACGAGUGUGCUGCAGGUCUUGAGCAGCACUGCCAGCACAUGGUGGGCACGUAUGCUGCCAAGUACCCGCAAGGAGGGACUUCGUACGGAGGAUACGCCAAUUACCACCGCUGUCACUCGCACUUCGUCAUGAAGAUCCCAGACCAGCUGGCGAGUGAGGAUGCCGCUCCAAUGCUCUGCGGUGGUAUUACCGUUUACUCGCCUCUGAAGAACAACGGUUGCGGUCCUGGCAUGAAGGUUGGAAUCGUCGGUGUUGGCGGGCUCGGUCACUUCGGCGUGCUGUUUGCGAAAGCACUCGGAGCGGAUAAAGUGGUGGGCAUCAGCAGGAAGAACAACAAGCGGGACGACGUCCUUAAGUUGGGAGCGGACGAGUAUAUCGCCACCGACGAUGAUGAAGACUGGGCCAACAAACAUGCACGGAGCCUCGACCUCAUCGUCUGCACGGUCUCAUCGCCGAAGAUGCCGCUGGGUGACUAUCUGACACUUUUGAAAGUCAAGGGGACGUUCAUCCAGGUCGGCGCACCAGAGGACAAACUUCCCGACAUGUAUGCUUUCGCAUUCGUGCUGAAGGGCAUUAAGAUGGGCGGAAGCUUGAUCGGCCCUCCAUGGCAGAUCGAAGAGAUGCUCAAGCUAGCUGCGGAGAAGAAAGUCAAGCCUUGGAUUAACACGUAUCCGAUGGACAAGGCGAACCAGGCAAUUCAGGACUUUGAGGCUGGCAAGCCGCGGUACAGGAUUACGCUGGUCAAUGAGAGGAACUUGCAGUAA